AUGGACUGCGGCCGCACAGCCCUUCCUGAGAUACUGCAGUCCAGUGACCCUGUGCAGACCGCACAAAGUCGACUGCGGCCGCACAGCUCUCCGCCGCGCCCCGCACAAAGUCGGCUGCGGACCGCACUGGCUCCUUCCGCGGUCGCACACGAUUUCUCGUGGACCGCACUAGCGGCCAAUGAAUUGUUCAAAGCACAGGUUCACAUCUACAAACAUGCAUUCGCUUAUUUUAAUUCCAUGGCCUUGAAUUGUGCCAUUCAACUAGGCAUACCAGAUAUUGUACAUAACCACAAAAAACCAAUCACUCUUCCUGAGCUAGUUUCGGCACUCAAACUUCCCUCAUCAAAAUCAAUUGGCAUUCAUCGGCUAAUGCGCCUGUUGGUGCACUCUGGAUUCUUUGCUACAGCAAAGGUCGACGAAAUCUCAGAGACAGAAGGAUAUAUUUUGACAACUCCUUCAAGGCUGCUGCUUAAGAGUGAAUUUCCAAACUUGUCACCUUGCGUUAGAAUAAUGAUUGAUCCUGUCGUUGUCACUCCUUGGCAACUAAUGCUUGAAUGGUUUCACAAUAAGAAUGAAGAAGCCACAGCAUUUGAGACAGCACAUGGGGUACCUAUGUGGGAAUUUUGUGCACAAAAUCCAAGAUUCGACAAAGAUUUCAACGAAGGAAUGGCUAGUGAUUCCCAAAUGAUGAGACUAGUUGUCAAGGAUUGUAAGGAAGUAUUUGAGGGGAUGAACUCAUUGGUUGAUGUUGGAGGGGGCAUUGGGAUUAUAGCUAAGAUAAUCUUGGAGGCAUUUCCUCACUUAAAAUGCACUGUCCUUGAUCUUCCUCAUGUUGUUGCCAACAUGCCACAAAGUGAGAACUUAAGCUAUGUUGGAGGGGAUAUGUUUCAAUCUAUUCCUCCCGCUGAUGCUAUCUUCCUUCAAAAUAUAUUGCAUAGCUCGAGUGAUGAGGAUUGUGUCAAGGUGCUGAAGAAAUACAGAGAAGCAAUUGCAGAAGAUGUUGAAGAGGGGAGAAAAGGGAAGAAGGUCCCUAUCAUUGACAUAGUAUUAGACACAAACGAAGAUGAACCAGACAUGACUCAAGUAAAGCUCAUGAAAGACAUGUUGAUGGUAAUGUUUUUCACUGGAGAAUUGAGAGGUAUGGGUUCAUGUGAUAGCACUUGGAAACCGCAUGUGCGUGUCCGCAGAAGCGAUGGAGGUGCCGCAGAUGCUGCCAAGAAGAAGUUGGGCAAGAUCCGCAGGUGCGAAGAUUUUCCCGUACCUACAAGAGUCGUAGAUGCAG